CACACGCACACACACACACACACACGCAGUGUUCCUGCCUCCCUCUCUUCACUCUCUGUGUGAGGUGCGCUUUGCUUUGGCAAUGCUGGGUUUUGCGGACGGAUAUCGCUCCCCGUGGAGCAGCGCGUGCUGAAACUUCCCUGUUACUGUCCUUCAUCUGUCAGGAACCUGCUGUUAACCGCUGUCGUUGUCCGUGGCUUCAAAUGUCCUCUCCUAUGGCAAAGCGUGAGGCGGGGAGCACCAGCCCUGUGGUGCGUCAGAUAGACAAACAGUUUCUGGUCUGCAGCAUCUGUCUGGAUCACUACCACAACCCCAAGGUGCUGCCCUGUCUGCACACCUUCUGUGAAAGUUGUCUUCAGAACUACAUUCCCCCAGAGUCCCUCACACUCUCGUGUCCAGUGUGUCGACAGACGUCCAUUCUGCCGGAGAAAGGGGUUUCUGCUCUACAAAACAACUUCUUCAUCACAAAUCUCAUGGAGGUCCUUCAGAGAGACCCCGAGUGCUCGCGGCCUGAGGCCUGCAGCGUCCUGGAGUCCGUCAACGCUGCGGCCGCAGGGAAGCCCCUCUGCUGCCCCAACCAUGAGGGAAAGCCCAGCAAGAGUGAAGGAGUUUGUCUCCCCCUGCAGGUGAUGGAGUUCUACUGCGAGUCCUGUGAGACAGCCAUGUGUCUGGACUGUACAUCGGGGGAGCACAGGGAACACGUGACCGUUCCUCUGCGGGACGUCGUGGAACAGCACAAGGCUGCGCUCAAGACACAGCUGGACACCAUUAUGAGCAGACUCCCUCAGCUAACAUCAUCCAUCGAGCUGGUGAGUGAGAUCUCCCGCCAGCUGAAUGAAAGGAAGAACGAGGCGGUGGCAGAGAUCACCAGUACGUUUGAAGAGCUGGAACGGGCGCUGCAUCAGCGCAAGACCGCCCUCAUCACAGACCUGGAGAACAUCUGCAGCACUAAACAGAAGGUCCUGCAGGCCCAGCUUUCGUCUCUCCUCCAAGGGAAGGACCACAUCCAGAGCAGUAGCAGCUUUACAGAGCAGGCUCUCAGCCAUGGGAGUGCUACUGAGGUGCUGCUAGUUCAGAAGCAGAUGAGUGAGCGGGUCACAGCACUGGCCAGACAUGAUUUCCCAGAGAAACCACAUCAGAACGCACAUCUGGACUGUCAGGUGGAAACUGAAGGUCUCCGGCGCUCCAUCCAGAACCUGGGUGUCCUCCUCACCACCGCCGCUGUGGCUCACACCUCCGUCGCCACGGGAGAGGGCCUCCGCCACGCAGCCACCGGGCAGCACCACACGGUUACUGUGACAACGAAAGACAAAGAUGGAGAGCUGGUGCGGACGGGAAAUGCUGUUUUAAAAGCAGAGAUAACAUCUGCUGACGGGAGCCGCAUUACAGAGGCAGACGUAGCGGACAAUAAGAAUGGGACAUAUGAGGUGGGCUACACAUUACGAGUGGAGGGAGAGUACUCUUUCUCUCUGUUGCUGUACGGCCAGCCGUUGCGUGGCAGCCCUUUCCGCCUGCGAGCGAUCAAGCCCUCAGAUGUGCCUCAAUCUCCGGAUGACGUGAAGAGAAGGGUGAAGUCUCCCAGCGGCACAGGAGGACACAUACGGCAGAAAGCAGUGCGUCGGCCUUCCAGCAUGUACAGCACCACCAAGAAGAAGGAGAACCCCAUUGAGGACGAGCUCAUCUACAGAGUGGGUUCCCGUGGCAGAGAAAAAGGGGAGUUCACAAAUCUGCAGGGAAUCUCAGCCUCUUGUAACGGCAGAGUUGUGGUUGCCGACAGCAACAACCAGUGCAUACAGAUAUUCUCCAACGACGGCCAGUUCAAGAUGCGCUUUGGGGUCAGAGGUCGGUCUCCGGGACAACUGCAGAGGCCGACAGGCGUCACCGUGGACAUGAACGGUGACAUUGUGGUGGCCGACUAUGACAAUCGAUGGGUCAGCAUCUUCUCGUCUGAUGGCAAAUUUAAGAAUAAGAUUGGUGCAGGCCGGCUCAUGGGUCCUAAGGGUGUCGCCGUGGACAAGAAUGGACACAUCAUCACUGUGGACAACAAGGCAUGCUGUGUCUUUAUCUUUCAAUCCAAUGGGAAGUUGGUGACUAAGUUUGGAGGCAGGGGGACGUCAGACAGACAGUUUGCAGGUCCGCACUUUGUUGCAGUGAACAACAAGAAUGAAAUCAUCGUAACUGAUUUCCACAAUCACUCUGUGAAGGUGUACAAUGCAGAUGGAGAGUUCUUGUUUAAAUUUGGCUCUCAUGGUGAAGGCAACGGUCAGUUCAAUGCUCCCACUGGAGUGGCCGCGGACGCGAAUGGAAACAUCAUUGUGGCUGACUGGGGCAACAGCAGAAUACAGGUGUUUGACAGUGCAGGCUCCUUCUUGUCUUACAUCAACACCUCAGCAGACCCUCUGUACGGGCCCCAGGGCCUCGCUCUCACCUCAGAUGGACAUGUGGCUGUGGCCGACUCUGGAAACCACUGCUUUAAGGUUUACAGAUAUUUGCAGUAGGCUGAGGGAAGACCUCCAGACCGGACCCCUGCUAAGUUAACAGUGCAUACUGCUCGGGGACAUGGAGCUGCAACGGGCCUGCACUCUACACUGGUCCCAGGUUCCAGAAAUUCAUUACCUUUUCAUUUAGUCUCUGCACACUUACAGUAUAUAUACCAUCACAUUUCCAAGUUUCAAAGCAAUCUGAGAAAGAUGUUUACGUGAAAAACAACCAAAAACACUAAAACGAAAUAAGCUAUUAGUCCCCAAAAAUGAAAUGAGUUCCCUUUGUAAAAAAUAGGCUACCCUGAUGAAAAUAAAGUUUUAAAGGUCACCUAUUAUGCAAAAUCUACUUUUUUAUGUCUUUUAUACAUAAAUAUGUUUCCUCUCUGUCUUAAGUGAUUCGGAAAGUUUCAGGAAAAAGAUUCUCUCUCUUCUGUUCUGAUUUAUGAAAAUGAGCUGAUCAGAUUUUGGCUACUUUGUGAUGUCACAAUGUUUUUUGGGGUUGUGCAAUCAGUAGCCAAUAACAAACCAAGGUAACACCCCCCCACUUUAUCACCUGAAUCUUUUCCUAGAGCACCAUUGUGUUCUUUUUAAACCAAUCAUCUCUCAGAGGGGCGUGGCCAGCAGCAGCUCAUUAGCAUUUAAAGCUACAGACACCAAAUCAGCACUUUUGGAACAGGGCUGAAACAAGAGAGGUAUUUGGCAAUAUCUGUUUCGUAUUUCAAGCCAAAUACUUCAGAGACAUGUUUUGUAUAUAUCUGAGACCUAUAAUAUAUUGUUCACAAAGAGUAUAAUACGGGACCUUUAAGAAUGAAUGCAUUUUCACAAGCAUGAGGAAUAAAACAUCCCAUUAUCCAUAUUUUUCUAUCUGAUCACGGUCUACUUGAGUGUUUUUGACAGAUUCCACUAGGGAAAAUCAACUGGGAAUGAACCUCUGGAACAAGGCGUUGCAGCUUUAUUUCUCUUUUAUGUGUGACCUCACCAGUAGAUAGUGUGCCAGUCUGAAGUAGGUGAUGCACUGCUAUUUCUUUUGGGCAACACACUCAGCAACCAGCAACCAAGGCGAGACACAGAAGCAGGAGUGUACUUCCUGUUUUCUGAGGACGCUUUGUGUUUUUAGUAACAUGCUCAGGCCUUUCCUUGAACACUGUUGCAUGUCAGUGUGCUCCAAGAUAUGACCCUGUUGUCACUGCCUUCAAUUCUCAUCAGCAAACACAACAGAACACACGAAGACAGUAAUGUGUAUAAAGAGUUGUUUCUUAUUUUUCUCCUGAAUUUAGACUAUUGUUUUCUUUUAUGGCGUAAGAUGAGUUGACUUAUGUGCACAUGUGUUUUGGUACCCAAAGACGAGCAGCAAGAAGCACAACAGUUGAUAGAACAAGGUUUUUGAACACAAAAUCUGACUACUUUUGUUCUUCUAUUAACCAAAACAAACUUCAUACAAUGGUUCCGUUUCCAUAUCUACAACCUAAUGUAGUUGUGUAUAUAUACGGUAUGCAUAUUUAAGUGUACAUAUGGAUUGGGUGUCCAUGUUAUUUCACUAUUUAACCAACUUAUUACAGCACUUACACUGGAGCAUUAUACUUAUAUACAAUUGAAGGUCAUGCCAUGUAGGAGCCAGCUGAAUGGCUUGCAAACACUAAUAGAACAACUUGUAUACUCACUCUAUGUUUUUUCUUCUAAAUACUUAAUUUAUUUUUCUUUUCUUUUCUACAUAAUUUGUUCUACAAAUUAUUUUUCUAAUUGGUGCAUUUGAACUGUAUCCUCUUUGCCAAACAUUUUCGUACAUAGGCCUUGUGACUUGUAGCACUGAAAGCUGUUUUGCCUCUUCCCAGAGCUCACAUCCUGAACUACAGGAACUUUUCCUUCGGCCAAAACGUUUUGUUGUAAGUUGUUGAACAUUGCACAAGUACAAAUAUUAUAAGAGUUAUAUCGUUUGCAAGAGUAUUAUAUGCCUGUGUAUAGUUAUCAUUAAACAUAAUCAGAAAGUGUACUGUAUAUUACAAUCACAUUCUUGUUGUAGCUGACAAGCACCUUUAUCAUGGAUUUUUCCAGUAUUCAUUUUCUUGGUUGUUCAGUGUUUUAAAGGUGUUCUGUGCAUCUCCUUGAGAAACACAACGAAGCUAAAACCAGAACGUUUUUACCUGUAUUGUAUGAAUAAACUAUUUGAUCUGUAAUCCAGUCUUUCCAUCUGCAUUUCUCCUUUCCUGGAAAACUAUGUUAUUUCUGAUCUUUUUGACUUUCCUUAUUCAUAAACAUGGCGUGUGUUCCUAUGGUUUUAUUUGUGUCCUUGUUUUACCUGUAACUGCACAUGUCUGAGUGAAAUAAAGGAAGCACAUACUGUGUAAACAAAACAGUACACAAACCA